UUGUCCCUGUAGAAUUGUGCCAAUACACUGAUACUUUCUAAUUUCUGAUACCCCUCAAAAUACAUCUAUGCUGUGGUGAAAGAUUUGUCGAUAGGACCUUUCCUAAUCCUCUUUGUUCCAAGUUUGUUUGUUAUUUAUUAAAUUUAUAUGUGCAUCCAUGUCACAAAAAGUGACUGGGCAGUGUACAAUGUAAAAGUGUGUUAUAUUUAUACUGCUAUAGAUACUGUUAUAUACUGCAUAUUCCUUUGUCUGUGGUAGUGGGCAUGAUAUGUAUCUCUCCUUUGGUAAUUUAUCUGUACCUUGGCUUCCAACAUUGCCAUCAAUAAAACAGAAUCAUUUAUUGGCAUUUUUUCUGCAGAUGGCAAAAUUAUCUCUUCCAAAAACAGCCGUCAUGCUUGCCACCAUGUUCCUCACUUAUUUCAUGUAGAAAAUACUGCUGAUUGGAAGACUAAAUCCAAAGAACAAUUGGAGGAAAGCUGCAUCCCUCCAUGUACUCAUUCAUUCAGCCAGCUUCAGGAAGGACUUGCCUCUGCAUCAUGUUGCCCACCCACCCUUCCUACACAUAAACCCUCACGUGCUGAUUUUCUAGAGGAACAUAUGUUUGAGAUUCGAACUCUGUGGCAGUGUCUAGAGAAGUCCAUCUAUACCAAUGACCGUUUGCGGGAACAACUGGAAAUAUAUCUCACCUCAGUGGCAAAGAGCAAUGAGUUGGAGCACCUGCAGAAGGCUCUGCUUGAGUCACAUUCAAAACUCCAUGAUGGCAAGUUGAAGCUGGAAUGGCAGCGGAUUGAGCAGCAGCAACUACAGGAAGACAUUCAGAGCAAGCAGCAAGAUCUUGCACUGCUUCAAAAGGAGGUCAUAGCUUUACAGAUGAACAAUUCCAGGCUUCAGCAUAGAAUGAUAAUGCUUCAGCAGCAGUGUGAAGAAAACAGAGUGCUCUUCCAGACCCAGCAGGCUGAACUAUGUGUCUAUGAAGCACAGCAUGGACCACUGCAGAAGGCAGUCUCUGGGGAGCAUACAUUGCUGCUGACAGAAGAUGACAAAAAGCAAGGAAUUCAUGUCAUAGGAUACCUUCAGGACUAUAAUACUCUUAAGAAACAGAUUUUGGAUGCCAAGACUCGAAUCCACCAAAUGGCAUCACUUCUGCAGCCUGACCUGAAACUACAGGACAACAUGAUUUUCUACCAAGAAAACACUAGGAAAUUACUCAUCCAUACCAGCACUUUGCAUCAGAUCCUGGAGAAUUCCACUUCCCUCCUUGCAAUGUUUUGGAGAGCAUCAUCUCCCAUGCCUCUCAGCUCAGCUCAAAUAAGGCAACCCACAAAGGAUCAGACAAUAGCUGAAGAAAUCCAAAUACUCAGAGCCAAAUUGGCUGAGCAAGAGGAUCAUGUGCAGAGUGCUAAUCAUAUCAAAGGAAGUGUGGAGAACUUCAUUCUCACUCACUUGACUGGAACAUACAAUGUGCUGAAGAAAGCAAGAAUCAACCUGGAGGGGAUGUCCCAGCAGCCUAAAUCCAUUUCUUUCAUUGGCCAGUGAAGAAACGGGUUCAUCCACACGGUCAGAAAUAUGGAGAAAGAAAAAUAGAUUCAACAUUCACUCCUAACCCAUCUAGGCUUUUUCAAAUCAUCUCUUCAUAUGCUCUGCUCCUAGACUCAGUGGGAAAUUUAUUUGGAAAUGCUCCAGACAUUAGUGCAAUGCAAUACCUGGACAAAAGUUAUGUAUAUCAGGUGUACAAAUACCAAUAGAGACUAGACUGUAGUCAAAAUGCUAUUGCAAGAGAAAAGGAGACUGUAAGAAUGACAUCUCAGAUGUGUCCUAGUCUUAGUGUUUGAUUCUUUGGAGUAUGGUGCAAGAAUGUGCAUGCUAUUAGGAUUAGGAAAUUGAUACAUCAUGCAUUAUCAUUAUUAUUAUAGUUGGUUAUACAGUCAGCCAGAUGUUUAGAUUGGAUUUGGCAUUUUCCUCCAACUAUCAAGUCCUUCCCAAGGACAAGGAAAGCAGAUGUAAUUGUUUCAUAUUGUUAAAUAUCAUUGCAGGAUGAAAGCUCUUCCCAGCUCUUUUGCAACUGAGUAAUGGUGACUUUGUCAGUGUUGAUGCUGCAGGUGUUUCAAAUUGAACCCAAUUAUUGUAACAACCUUGCUCUUGACAACGGUGACCUUGACAGUAAGACCUGACAAUAAAAUCCACCUAUUUGAUGUUUUUAUAUAUAUGAAUUCCCAUAUUUUAAAAAAAAUCCUAUCUGCAAUUUACAGGUGUUGGAAAUUGGCUCAUAAAUAGCACCAUUUUUUCUUAUUCUCAGUAUAAACAGGGCUGUACUGCCUAAAGAAGCCUUUUAUAUGAUUGCAAACCACUGCCAUUCUCUUGCCAUUUCAAGUACCUUUCAAGAUGAGUUUUAGGCCUGAAAUUAGCUUGGAGGCCUAUUCUAGAAGAGGGAAUCCCUGUGAAACACAGCUUUUAAAGCCAUCAGUGAUGGUAUCUUUCUUCUAAGCUGUUUAAAUUAAGAAUUGGGGACUUUUUUUGACAAUAGCUUUAUUUGGAUGAGAGUAGAAAGAGUAGAAAGUCUGGAGAACUAAGAUUUACUCCUUCAUAUUUAUGUUAUAUGUUUGUUCAACAAUAAACCUGAUGUGACCU